AAGACUCAGGCUGAGAGCUCAACCAACCAUGGAAGCUCCAUUCUUGUUCCAGUGCCCCAUUUCGCUGGAGCUAAUGGAGGACCCGGUGACAAUCGCUACCGGCGUCACGUACGAGAGGAAGAACAUCGAGAAAUGGCUGUUCACAUACAAGAAGUUGACGUGCCCCGCCACCAUGCAACGACUGGAGAGCUUUGAUCUCACCCCCAAUCACACUGUCAAGCGUCUCAUCUCGUCUUUCCUGGAACAUGCAGCUGAUGAGGAACCCGUCACGUCGCCUCCAUGCUCGUAUGAUGCGGUGGAUCACGACAAAUUGGUGUCGCUGCUGAAGAGCAUCCAAACGGGCCCCUUCAAGGCCAGUGGCCUGAGGAAGCUCAAGGUUCUCGUCGAGAAGAACGAUGAGUUGCAGAAGGAUUUGAUUAGAUCGGGAGGCAUCGAAGUGCUGGGCUGCGUUAUGUCUCAUGUCGUCGUGGAGAACUCCGACUUCACCGCGUUCCGAGCUUGCGAGGAGGCACUCGGUGUCCUCUCCCUCCUCCCCUUAUCAGAUGAUGCUACGGUGGAGCUGAUACUGAAGCCUGAUUCCUUGAAACCGAUGAUGGUAAUCAUCCAGAGGGGAAGCGCCGAGGCUCGAGUCCACGCCAUGUCCAUCUUGAUGAAGAUUUCGAAGAUCAGUAACGAGUGGAUCACCAAAAUGGUAACCGAUCAAGACGUGGACAUUGUCAAAUCCUUGUUGGACCUCUUGUCCGAUGAGAUCUCCACCAAGCUCAGCUCCUCCUCGUUGGAUGUAUUGCUCGAGAUCGUCGCAACGUCGAACAAGAAUCGCCUCAAGGCGAUCGAAGCUGGUGCCGUCUGCAUCUUGCUCGAGCUCCUACCCGACGCCAGCCGACACAACUGCGAGAAGGUAUUGUUAUUGCUCAAGAGGCUCUGCGAGUGCGCCGAAGGCCGAUCAGCGUUCGCUGACCAUGGGCUGGGCGUCGCGGCGGUGUCGAAGAAGAUAAUGCGCGUGUCGGAGAUGGCCACCAAACUGGGCGUCCAGAUCAUGUGGCUCAUGAGCAGCUUCCACCCCAGAGAGAAGCUGCUGGAGGAGAUGAUGGUGUUUGGAACGGUGAGGAAGCUCCUGGCUUUGUUGCACAUCGAUGGGCGAUCAUCGUCUACGAAUGAGAAGGCAAUCAAGAUGAUGAAGCUGCAUGGGGCUGUAUGGAGGCAGUACCAUUGUUUUCCCAGCGAAUUGAAAGACUUCUUGAGAUUGAAUCAUUGAUCUUCGCCCACCCAUUUCUCAUCCACUUGUGUAGAGAAAAGAAAAGAAUGAGAAGGUUUGACAUCAUUCUGUGA